CAGAGACGCUCCGACACUCCUGUCCGAACUCUCCUUACAAAGCCCGACAUUAUAUCUGUCAGAGAGGAGGGCUGCAUGGACGAACCCGGCGAUAAUAGCCGUGAUUUACCGCGAUUUAUGGCCAUGAAGGAUUCCAGAAGCUUAGCGGACCUCCAAUUACCCACGCUUCCGAGGUGGAUUGUUUGCUAGAGAAAGAGCGGGGACUGCAGAAAGGGAGUGCAUGUUACUCGGCGGGCUUCAUUUCGUCGAUGCCGGAGAGCUGGAGCUGGAUGACAUGAUGCUGCAGAGCCCGCUCACCUCCACGCCGUUUUCCGUCAAGGAUAUCCUCAAGCUGGAGCAGCAGCAGCAGCAGCAGCAGCAGCAGCAACAGUCCGGCUCCCUGGAGCUCCCGCACCGCGUCCACAGCCAGCAGCACUUGACUCGCUCUCCGUCCCAGCAGCAGCAGCAGCCGCAGCACUUCCAAAGCCCGCCGUCAUGCAUGCUGGCCGUGCCUCGGGAUAGCCCGUCUUUCUCGGACAGUGAGGACAACCUGGCGUACCUCAGCGCGCUGGCGGUGCGCGAUGAGGAGCGCGGGGACCCCAGCCUCUCCCCGAGCAUGUACGUCCAUCCCGGGCUGCAGGGAGCCAAGCUGGAGGCCGCAGAGCUGGAGGCGCAGGAGAGCAAGAACUGCGGCUUGGUGUCCCGGGAAGACGCAGCGGAGGGCGGGCUCGGUGAGUCGGAGAGGCCGGUGCAGAAGCAGAGGAGCCGGCGGAGACCCCGGGUCCUCUUCUCCCAGGCGCAGGUCUUCGAGUUGGAGCGGCGCUUCAAGCAGCAGCGCUACCUGUCCGCCCCGGAGCGGGAGCACCUGGCCACCACCCUGAAGCUCACCUCCAACCAGGUGAAGAUCUGGUUCCAGAACCGCCGCUACAAAUGCAAGCGCCAGCGGCAGGACAAGUCUCUGGAGGCGGCCGGGCAGCAGCACCACCCGCCCCCGCCGCGGCGCGUCGCCGUGCCGGUGCUGGUGCGAGACGGGAAGCCGUGUCUGGGCGGUGCGCAGAGCUACGCCGCUGCCGCCGCCGCCGCGCCCUACGGCUCCAACCCGUACAGCUAUAACGGAUACCCGGCUUACGCCUACAGCAGCCCGGCGUACAACAGCAACUACAGCUGCUCGUACACCAGCAUCCCCGCCCUGCCGCCGUCCAGCACCCCGAACGCCUUCAUGAACAUGAACUUGGGAAACGUGGGCGGCCUCGGCGGCUCCCCGCAGGCCCAAACACAUCAAGGGACAGCGGUCACUUCCUGCCAGGGCUCCCUGCAGGGGAUCCGCGCCUGGUAGCCUCUCCGGAACAGAACAAGUGUCCUUUCUUUUUUAUCAAACUUUUUCCUUUUCUUCUUUUUUUAUCAACUCAUUUGGUGCAAAAUGUCUGAAUGGCAGUAUUUCCUACUCAACUGUUCGGGCCAAAGAACAAGACUUUGCGUGGAGGCUGAAUGUCACUGCAAGGUGGACUUAUUUUUUUUUCUUUAAAAUUUUUGGUCCACGAAUGUGCGCCCCUGGUUAGCGCCGCAAGGCAGAAGCGCAAAGGGGGAAAUUGCGCUUGUCCUACCCUAACAGAUUUUUUAAAUAAUUGGUAUUAAAAUUAAACUUUUUGUUUUUCUAGAGACGAAAGGUGUUUUGGUUCAACAGAGAAUUGUUAGUCUAUUCACAUUUAUUCAAAUAAAAUAUUAAAGAGCCAA